AUGGACCAAAUCACAGAGGCCUCGUGGCCGACUCUCGGCGUCGCACUACUCAUUCUUUCCGUCAUCGGCCUUCUCACGGUCUUCGUAACCCUCCACCUCCUCGCCCCGAAGCCCCGCGCUGUCCUUCCCUCCGAGAAACUUUACCUCACAUCUUCUGCCUCGGGAAAGCCAAUUCAAGUCUCUGCGCCCUGCUGGUUUGACCGUUGGUCCGCUGAGCGCAGCGUCUCCGAGGCUCGCGCCCACCUGACAGAUCCUCGCGAUGUCCCCGACUCUGGCGCAACCAUCGACCCCGCCGAUGUGCGACUCACCGUCGUACUCCCCGCUUACAACGAAGAAAACCGAAUCCUGCCCACCCUCGAGGAGGCUGUCGCCUACCUUGAUGAGAACUUCGGCCGGCCCUCAUCCCCGACCAAGCCCCUCUUCAGCCCUACGACGCCGCACCGACGUACCAAGAACCCGCCCUCCGAAGCCCUGAGCGGCUAUGAGAUCCUGAUCGUGGACGACGGAUCCCGAGACAACACUGUCAACGCCUGCCUCGAAUUUGCGCAGAAGCAAAGUCUCCAUGACGUUAUCCGUGUCAUCAAGCUUGAGCGCAACCGUGGCAAGGGCGGAGCUGUAACACAUGGCUUCCGUCACGCCCGCGGCGAGUAUGUGCUCUUUGCCGACGCCGACGGUGCGACCAAGUUCAGUGAUGUGGGCCGCCUGAUCCAGGGCUGCGAAGAUGUCGUCGACGGUUCUCAUCGCGGCGUUGCUAUUGGCAGUCGUGCCCACCUCGUCGGCAGCGAGGCCGUCGUCAAGCGAUCUGCUCUCCGCAAUUUCCUCAUGCGUUCCUUCCACCUCGUCCUCAUGAUCCUCACUCCGCCUGCCACGUCUCGCCUCCGCGACACCCAGUGCGGCUUCAAGCUCUUCACCCGCGCCGCCCUUCCGCACAUCAUUCCUUACAUGCACGCCGAGGGCUGGAUCUUCGACAUCGAGAUGCUUUUACUCGCCGAGUCGGCCCCUCCCGCACCUGUGCUUGGAGACGAUGGCAGUGUUAUUGGCACCAGCCCCGGAAUCCGUGUCGCUGAGGUUCCCGUCGACUGGCACGAGGUCCCCGGAAGUAAGCUCAGCGUCAUCUCGGACAGCAUCAAGAUGGCCAUUGGUCUGGCGGUGCUCAGGGGUAGCUGGAUGAUGGGUGUCUAUCGUCGUAGACUGACGUAG